AUUAAUUGAUUUUACUUGUAUAUUUUGUGAAAGAUAGAAUAAAGUAAAAUGAAUACCUACUUGGGCUAAGCGUAAUAACUCUCGAGGAUAUCGAUUACAAUUAUAAUAUUUAGCUUGGCGAAGUAUACCGACUAAAAUGGAAGAAAUCGAAAGCCUAGUAGCAGACCUAACAAUAAAGUCUGUCAAGAUGGAUAAAACUUAUUUAGUAGAAGUAACCUAUAUUUUAGAUCCAUUCGACUUUUUCGUUCGUCCGAUGAAGUACAGACCACUCAUCCACGAGUGGGAGUCCACUGAACCUAAAACAAAGACAACAAUAUUCAGUAUACAUGAUAUGGUAAUAUUUAAUUACGGUUAUUCAUGUGGAGCUCGUAAGUACAUGAGAGGAAAAAUAAUUCGUAUAUCACACAUUGAGUAUUACCUAGUGUUCGAUGUAUUUGCAAUUGAUUACGGUUUUACCGAAAAAUUAAUCCCGAUUGAAAAUGUAUGGGAAUGCUCACAUGAAUUGAAAAAUACGCCAGCACUGGCUUUUGACUGCCAGCUUGCUAAUUGUUACCCCAUAGAUCACACCAAUGGUUUCACAUCGGAAGCAAUUCAUGCUUUUAAAUAUUAUGCUGGAAACGAACCUCUUAGAAUGAAAAUUUUAGGCAAGAAACCGCAUAAGAUUCUGGUUGAGUUAGUAAAUUCUACUCCAGAAAGCAUAGCAACAUUGCUAGCUAUAAGCGGAUUUUCAAUAUUAGGUUUCUUUUGCGACCCAAUAGUUUGGAAUCCGAUAGUUGGGUGUAAAAUAAUGUAUUUCGAUUUUAAAAAACUCACGAUUGGUGAAACCCUACAUGUUAGGGUGCUAUCGGGUGAUUCGUUGAAUGAAUUCCAUGUUGCUAGUGUUAGCGACUACAAUAAUCACCUCAAAGAAAUUGAUAUCAUAACAUUUUACGCAAGAAGAGAAUUCUCGCUGUCGCCUGAGCAUUUGAUUGAGGGAACAUUAGUCUCUGUGAAAAUUGAAAACAGAAAUAUAUACGAAAGAGCUUUUAUAAAGAAAGUGACGAAACUCGAAGAAACUGCUAUUGUUCAACUCGUGGAUUGGGGAAGAGAUGAAGAGUUUCAUAUAGGAAAAAUGAAAUAUAUGUCCGCACAGUGUCUGAGGACACCGGUACUCUCGAUUUAUUGCAAAUCUGAAGAGAAUCAGGCUUGGGAUAAUGGAUACGAUAGUUUUUUAACACCUGGAUUUGAAUUUGAUAUAACAAUUAAAAGCCUCGGGCAUCAGUUCGAAUGUCCUAACACAGUUGACAUUUCCCCAGCGGUAGAAUCUGACGAUGAUGAUGGUGGGGCCAGAGCCUUACCAAUUAAUUUUAAUGAAUAAAUUUUUAAGCAUUAUUUAAUUUAGAGUAAAACACUUGAGCCAGUGCACAAUAUUUUUAAUCAGUUUAACAAAUGUUAUCCAAUUUUUGGAUUACGAAACCGUAUUGUUAAAAUGUAAUGUAAAAAAUA